AUGUCCGGGUCUUCUCACGUGGUCUGGGUCAGGUAAUAGCAGUGCAAUCUCUCUCGCUCUUUCUUCUGUUGGGAGACCUCAGACAGAGCAACCAUGCCGGGAAUUCUACUGGGAGACGAGUUCCCUAACUUCGAGGCCGACACCACCAUCGGUCGGAUGCGCUUCCACGACUUCCUGGGAGACUCGUGAGUGCGCAGACUCCAAAACCGCAUUUUCACAUCAUUUUAGUUUUAGCCCUGAUAUGUGUAUGAGAUACUGUGGGAUGCUGCUAUACAGAAAGCUGCAGGUCCAGGAUUAGAUCCAGGAAUAAAUUAAAAAUCAAAGAGGCUUUUUGUUCACAUUUGUGGAGGUUUUUAAUGCCGCGACACCUGCUGGAUCAGAGAGACCAACACAAGCAUGACUGUAAUGCGAUAGACUGUGAAUGUCCCACAAAAGAGCUCAAAGCAGAGGAAAGUAAGCAGAGAUAAUACAAACAAACAUACUGCAGAGGGGCUUCUGUGUUCAAGGUUGUACUUUCACACGGAUCCACAGCAAAAUGAGAAUUGCUUGUUUGAACCUGAUCUCUUACAUUUCAUAAGUCCGUCUGUAUUUAUGUAACAAAAGGGGGAAAAGACACACACACACACACACACACACACACACACACACACACACACACACACACACACACACACACACACACACACACACACACACACAGAGAAAGAGAGUACAGUGAGUAUUUUUUUAAACUGCAAGCUUUAUUAAAAAGUGGCUUUAAAAAAAACUCUGAGCAUAGCACUGAUUCACUGUAGAAUAACUUUUAACUUGGCUGAUUUACAAAGGAUCAUCUUGUAGUCUUGAAAAAGAACAGAGAUUUCUGCCAGAGUAAGGGUUUAAUAUGUAAUGUCACGAGAGUAGAGUGGAAUUGUUCAUUGAUAAAAUGAUGCAAGAUUAAGGUUAGAAGCUUUUAAUGAUAGGCGAUAAAGUACAUUUUUUACAAGAAUACAGCUGAUAUGCUCCGAGAAAAAAGUGCAAGAAUGAAGUUUUUGUCCCUAGAAUAGUUUUUGUGUUCUUAACAAAACUUUUUUCUUGUUUGGAGACUAAAAUCCUUUUGUUCACAAAAUAAAAUUAUGCCCAGGAACAAAUUGUAAUGUCACUGGAAAAUGAGAUUGUUAUGUAACAAGUUGUGUUCACAGAAAAAAGUUGUGUUCUGAGGGUGAACUUUAGGAGAAUGAGUCAAGUUGUUUCGUUGUGAGAACAAUGGUUAAAGUAUAACAUUAACUUAGUUAACCAUGAGUCUAUAUGACUGUUGUUGGAAGGAGAAUACUGAGUUUUCAGCCAGUUUCCUGCUUUGAAUGAGGGAGAUGGUCCAUCAAAGUGGUGGCUGACUGAUCAAGAUAAGAUGAGAUGAGAUAAGAUAAACUUUUAUUCUUCACAUGGUGGGAACAUUUACAGUGUUAACAGCUGCAAAAGAUCAGCAUAGCAAACAGAAGAAUAAGUACACUCAUUAUGCACACAGUGCAUUGAUAAUUAAGUUUACUUAGACCUAUACAAAAAAUGCAAUAUACAAAAAGAGAAAAAAUGUAAUCAAAAACUAAAACGGUUAUACACAGAGCUGGUCCAUGGCUGAUGCUGGUUCUCAUACUGUGACAGCAGGUCUGUGGAUGGCUGAUGUAUAAUGCCGAUAUCACAUUGUUAUUUUUUCUUUUAAUUUUUUGCCCACCUGACGGACUACAGAAAUUUAAUAAUGAAAUAAAUAAAUAAAAACAAAAAGCUUAAUAUGAGAGAAAGUUUUGUUAAACAGUAGUGGAUAGUAUUUUAUUUUAUUUUGUAAGACAUUCCCACAAAGAAAUUUUGGAUGUUUGUCCGGCCAUCUUAAAUCAGAAGAAAAGAAAAUUUAAGGUAAAUGUUGCAAAAAAUAUUAAAAUAUUUAUCUGAGCAUUAUUAAGAUUUUAUUCUUGUCACAACAAGACUUUAUUCCUGUUUUACCAUCACAUAAGUCUUGUAGAGUUGAACUUUCUGUCAAACCUGCCGCUAAACACCAUGACCUAUUUCAAGUAACAGCACUUUAUUCCUGUAAGACUAUAACUUAAUUGUAGUGCUAUUACUUCAAUUUUCUGAUUGCUUGAAUUGGAAAUAUUAUGGUCCGACUUUGAAACUAUGUAUUCAGUCCGAUAAUGCUAUGAUUUAAAACUCAGUUAUACAGAUUUAUUUUCUUAUAACUUUUAUGACUUUGUUCCUUUCAGUUUUCCCUCACACACUAUCAUGAGAUUUUCUACUUUUUCUUUGUUUCUGCUCUCCUUCUAAAGCGUGUCAGUGUAAGGUCAGGGCUACAGACUUUACUAAAAGGUUAAAUUAUGUGCGUAACGAUAGGAGAACCCCUCUGGACUUCAGUAAUUACGCAACAUCCCACUCUUUGUGUGGCGGGAGUGGUUGUUGGACUGCGAGAGGCUCCAUCUGUUGGACUGGAUCCCAGUUUGAGGCCUCACUGAGUAUUUUGAAAAGUAUCUGCAGAACCAGAAACUGUUAACAGCCUCAUUAGUCUCUGUCUGUGUAUUUAAAAUGUAUCUCUAUAGCUCUGUCAGAGUUUGGUCCCCCUAGCUCUUGAACACAUCCCUCCCAGUAAGAGUGUCAGUGCUCAGAGUGUUUCCUGCUGGUUCAAACUGGUGUGCUCCCAGUUUAAUCUGGUCAUUCUGUGAUCAGGUGAUCACAGCUCAUCCUGUUGUUUAUAACACGAGGCAAUCAUGUGAGGGAGAAAUCUCAUGUGAAUGAGCAGUAAAUUAUGUUUUUAAAGAUAAUAAAGUCAGAAACAUCUCCGCUCUAAACCCUUGUGAUGCUUUUUAGAGGCUUGUCCGACUGCAGAGCAAAGCUGCAAGUUCUCAGUCAUCUGUUUUCUCAAUCUGACACUGGAAUUUCCUCCUCUGAGACUCGGUGUUCUCGGUUUUUAUCUCCCUCCUCCUCUGUUUUUCUCAGCUCACACAGCUGGAUCUCAGGCUGGAACUGAAAUGUGUUUGCAGGGGUGCUCCAAAGGGGUGGCCAGGCAGAAACACCCUCUAGAAAGCUGUUCCAAAUUAAUAUGAGUGCUUGCUUGCCUUGUUGAAGGUGGACUUGUGUUAAAAUCAGUCUGUUUGGUCUCACAGCAUCUGUUUUUGUGUUUCAGUCAAGCAAAUUUUCUUCACUUGGUGCGCUUCACUGCAAAUGCAUCUUAGAUGUGUGUUUCCAGUUUGAUAGCAAAGUUGUGUUUCCCUACACAGUCUGAAACAUACUUUUGCAUUAAUGAUAAAAAUGUUUUCAUGUCCUGUGUAUCGCCCCCUGCAGGUGGGGUAUCCUGUUCUCUCACCCGGCAGACUUCACUCCAGUCUGCACCACCGAACUCGGCCGAGCUGCCAGUCUAAACGAUGAGUUCCAGAAGCGAGGCGUGAAGAUGAUCGCCUUAUCCAUCGACAGUGUGGCCGACCACAUCAGUUGGAGCAAGGUCAGGGAGAAAACACACACACACACAUGUGCGUGCGUGCUUGCACAGUGGUUGUGACUGUGUUGAGUAAGAGGUGAAGGUUGUGGUAGGUCACUGUGGGCGGAGCCUGCAGGUAAUAAUUGUCCAAAUCUACAGGUUUUACUGUGUGCUUUUAUUGGUAGCUAUGUAGGUCAGAGUGAACACUUGUUUCUUAUCUGUUUCCUGAUCUCUUUGAGGUUUGAAAAGCUUCAUGCAAACUUCAUGCAAUCCACUUUGCAUUUAAUGCAGUGCACUUCAAUUUAAGUAGAGAUGCAGACAUCAUUGCCCAGCUGUCUGAAAUGUGGAUGCAUUUGCAGAAAUAAAGAACAAUCAUCAAGUUUUAAAGAAACAGGCAGAGUUUGGCUGACUGGAGGCCUGCUAUAUAAAAUGUGAACAUUUUUUAUGAUUUUUUUUCUGUGCUGCAACUUCGUUUUAAGUGAAACCUUCAGUGAGGAUAAUCAUUAAACUCUCUUCUAUCUGUAUCAGUGCUCAUGCCGUGUUUUCUAUAAACUGAGCGGUCAAAGAUUCAUGAGUCCGUCCUUCACUUUCCACACAGAACCAUUCUUCUGUGAUUGGCUGAUAGCUGAGCUUCACAUUACAAACCCACCUCCCCUCAGAGGCCCCUGAUUGGUCCACUGGGUCACAGUUCAACUGGUGGCCAGAUGAACUGAUUUUAUAACAAUGACACAACCUAAGUUUGUGCUGAAGGACUAAAAAUUGACUCUGGUCACUGCCUCAAUGUUGCAACAGGGACUGUUUUUAAUAUUGAAGUUAAAAAAAAAUAUGAUGGUAAAUAUUUUGAUGAUUAAUUGAUUAAUAGAGUCACUGGUCUGGUAGAAAAUGUCAGGGAAGGCAGCUUCUCAAACUCUCUCUCUUUAUCAAAUGUUGUGCACGCAUCCACCCUCCUCCCAUUGUGAGAUGUGAAGUCAUAACAGCUAUGAUAUCUCUGAGGGUGUUCCCCAAGGAUCAGUCUCAGUACUAGGCCUGCACGAUAUAUCGUUUGACUAUCGUCAUCGCGAUGUACGUGUGUGCGAUAGUCACAUCGCAGAGCCUGCGAUAUUGGAUGUGAAUGAACUCAUUUAAUUUCAAGGGUAACCGACUGAGAAACACUCCAUGUGACUCUGCAUGUGCUUUGCAGCGAUCCACCAAUCACCUUCGUCCUUAACUCAGUUGCCAAUCAGACUCACUUCUCAGUUGCCAAUCAGACUACCCUGCCAGCUGUCAAUCAAAAUCAGGGAGGAGGAAACCCACCCCUGCACAUGUUCUGCACAUGGAAGGAGACGUGUGUCCGCUGAGAAUUACUUUCGGAACUUUACUCAUGACUAUUAAGCCCAACAAAUAAGAACUGUAUGGGUUUUAAAUUGUACAUUUCCGUGGACCACUCUACUAUAAGCAGUGCGCGUUUUGCGAGGUGCAUGCAAUUCUCGGAGGACAUGCGUUUCUCGGCACAACACCGCUAACAACAACAACAACAACGAUCGCAAAAUGAACAACGAACAAGCGAAAACCACCGAAAAUGAAGAUUUGUUGCCAAAAAGAAAAGGAAAGUCAGUUAUCUGGAAUUAUUUCGGUUAAAAGAAGGAUGAUGUUGACCAAAACACGUGUUCUGUGUUCAUCUGUCGCCACAAUAACGUCCCAGCACAAUAAAAGCUGAAAAUAUCUCUGAGACAGACAGAAGCCAUUCUACUAACAUUCACAAAAAGAGGUAAGAUCAGAGCAGAUUAACUGUCCUCAAGAUUUCAGCAGUGCAGCAUAACAUUAAGUGCUAUUCAGGUCAUCUGGUGAAAAUUCCUGUAUUUUUAAUAUCGCAAUAUAUAUCGCAGGGUUGAAAAAAUCGCAAUAUUAUUUUUUUCCAAUAUCGUGCAGCCUUACUCAGUACCUGUUUUCUUUUCCACCCACACCAUUAAUCUGCCUGAUAACUUGUCAGUUGCUGUCUGUCACAUAUAAGAUAAUAUGUAUUGCUUUUUGUUAUUGAUAACACAGGCCUUUUUGUUUUUAAUGUUGCUGUGUCUUGUCUGCAGAAACUUGCAUUGAUUUUACAUGCAGAGAAACCAAACUUCUAUUAUUCUUCAGGGAACAUCUCGAUCUUUCCUUAAUAGCCAAUCUUUACCGCCCAAUAAAAAUCUAUAAAACUUUUUACAACUUUUAGGGACUUGGGUUUUCUUUUGGAUUUUGGAGCUAUCAUUCAAAGCACAUAUUGCAGAUUUGGUCUUCAAACUCAGGAUGUAGAUAGGCACAUACUUAAGAAAUACAGUACAUCCUGCUGUGUGAGUUUGAAGGACAAAUUCCCUCUCAAACAGCAGGUGAAUUACGUCUAAUAACUCUAGUGUCAGUGGAUUUUAUGAUUCCUUUCACUGUUCCUUCCUUAUUCAGUGCACACAGCACUGCAGAAUACUAAUUGGUCAACAGAGUUGUCACUCAUGACAUAUAAUCUCCUGUUUCAAGUGUCAAAAAAGUAACUCAAACUAAACUUGUCAGAAAAAUGAACUCUUGGAUAUAAAUCAGCAUGAUAAGAACUCACUUCAAAGACAGAAACCAGGUUUAGAAAACAUUUAUAUGACCUGGAUUAGGAUUUUAUAGUUUGGCCCAUGUCUCAUCUGUCUACAUGGAGGAUGCAGGAUGAAAGACCUGUGCUACAGCCAGUUAGGGAGAGCUUAAAAUCUGGUGUCACCCAGGAAGGCCAUUUUUUUCUGACCAUGUAUGCACCCAAAGAUGUGUUUUUCUUCUGUUUUUCUGUUUUGGAUUAAUUCCAUUAAAGACACAUAAAGCCAGAAUGUGUGAUGAAAGUUUUGCUCUAUUUUCUGGCAUGUUUAAAAUAUAAAUCCUUGAGGAAUCAAGAGAACUUAUCAGCAGUGAUAAAAGAUUAAAUAAUUGUUUAAUUGCCGCUCUAAAAAGCUGAUAUUGUAAUUCACAACAGUGUAAUCACAGAUCUGAUUAGUUCAGGUUUCUGGUCCAUCCUAAAUGCUGUGAAGAUAAGUCAGAUUUAUUACACAGUCAUAUUUAGGUGGAGUACACGCUGUUAAAUAAUCAAGCUGAAUGUGGACCAAGGCAAAGUCAGCAUUUUUUUAAGGCUCCAAAGGUUAUCAGGGCAGUUUAACCAACAAAUAACUAACUAAAAUAAACUACACCUAAAAUACUUAAACAAACUGAACUACAUUACCAAAAACUAAACUUGACUAAACUAAACCCUACCUAACUGGAAUUUCAUCAUUACAGAUUUAUUUACUAUUGGCUGACUUGCUUCCACACGAAUGCCAUCAGCUGUUUAAAAACGUAUAACAGGCAAGUGUCAUUAUGUUUGAAGACGGAGACAAGCAGGCGUACCGCUAUCUGUCCUGUACUUUAGUGCACACCCUGAUAUAAUGCAUGAUCAAUGACUCCACAUGCUUUUAAUAACACUAGAGAGCUAAACAAUGAAUUACACACAAUUAUGUGGUGAUAUAAUGAGACAUAACAUGGAUCUGUAGGAUUUGCAGCUUGAAUCUUAUGUUUGAUAAAAAGUUCAUAAUUAUUUAAUGUUUUUUGUUUAUUGAAAGUUUAAAGUUGAAUGAAAAUGAACAAGGUUAGUUUAUUCGCAUCUGAAGUAGGAUGGUAAAAUCCAAUCACAGGUGAUCACUGGAGACUCGUGCUGGUGCAUCACUUAAAAACAUGUUUUGGCACAAAGUCUAAUCAGCCUCAAAGAUCUAUUAAAAGACAGAUCACUCACUCUUACAAAGCAUGUUACACAGGAGAAUCAAAAUAUCAGCAAGGGGUUCACCCACAUUUUUUUUCCUCUGUUUAAAGUUAAAAAGUCUUUUAGUGUGGGCCUGAAAACAGUCUGUCUGUGUAUCUCUAUGCAGGAUGUGAUGGCAUACAACAACGACCCUAAGAGUGACCUGCCAUUCCCCAUCAUUGCUGACCACAAGAGAGAGCUGUCUGUCCAGCUCGGCAUGCUGGACCCUGAUGAGAGGGACAAAUCUGGGAUGCCACUCACCGCCCGCUGUGUGAGUAAAUGACCUGUUUGCUUGAUCAUUAUUUUUUCAACU